AUGUCCACCCUCAAGUCCUUCCAGGCAGAGAUCGAACAGUUCUCUCACGACAAGCACAAGCAGGCAAUCCAGCAAGCCCGCGAGCAGCACGCAGCAGCAGAGCUCGCGAGGCAUCACGGCAAGCUACCCCCAAAGAAGAAAGAGGAGAAGGAGGCGGCGGCUGUCGCGCCAGUACAAGUAGAGGAGGCCGAGCAUGUUGAGCUUUCGAUCGAGGAUCUGAUAACAGGGGAAUGCGAGGCCGAAGACCUCCAAUCACGGUUAGCCACCAUUCUGCUGAAGAACCACGGCGAGUGUAUGCUAUCUCUUGGCGCCCACCCCGAUCCAGUGCAGAUGUACAACCCCGCCCCGUCAGAUGACGCUCCAAUAUCCCAUGUCGGCAAAUCCCUCACCGAGAAGCUUCUCUCCGAUAGCGUAUCUCGGUUACGGUCUGCCUGCCAAACUCUCCAGGCGGAUCUCAUUGAGCUGUACCGAACCGAUACCGGAUCGACAUCAUACGGCUCCUGGCUUGUCCGUCUCACACCGCGCGGGGUAGAGGAGAUCAUGGAGGUCCGUGUAGCCGUAGUGGGAAAUGUGGACGCUGGAAAAUCUACCACUCUCGGUGUGCUCACUCGUGGUGCCCUGGAUGACGGUCGAGGCAAAGCUCGAGUAGCGCUGUUCCGGCACCCGCACGAAGUCGAGACUGGCCGGACGAGCUCGGUGGGUGGGGAAAUCCUCGGCUUUUCGACAAAGGGAGAGGCGGUGGUGCCGACGACACACGUGGCGGAGGGGGCAGAUGUCCAUCACCCAUUGUCAGUGGCAAAAAGGGAGAAGCUCGGGUGGGAGGAGAUAUGCAAGAGGGCCGCAAAGGUGGUCAGCUUCAUCGACCUGGCGGGGCAUGAGAGAUAUUUCAAGACUACUCUUUACGGACUGAGCGGGUGUGCUCCCGACUAUGUGAUGUUGAUGGUUGGCGGCAAUGCAGGCCUGAUCGGAAUGUCCAAGGAGCAUCUCGGUGUAGCACUCGCGCUCAACGUCCCAAUAGCGGUCUGUGUUACCAAGACCGACAUGACCCCUCCCAACAUCCUCGCUCAAACCGUCUCCAUGCUCACCAAAGUUCUCAAAUCCCCUGGCUGUCGCCGUAUUCCCCUCUUCAUCGAUACGCCCCAAAAAGCCGUAGAUGCUGCGCGCUACCUGUCCAAGCCUUUAGCGUCUGCCGGCGGGGCAGUGGGUGGAGGAAGACUAUGUCCAAUCUUUAUGGUGUCGAACGUGACGGGUCAGAACUUGGGGCUUUUGAGGAGCUUUUUGAACUGUUUACCGAGCUCUCAGAGCGACGACAAGUAUGUGGUGGAUGCGCCUUUCGAGUUCCAGAUCAGUGAUACAUUCUCUGUACCUUUCGUCGGGACCGUCGUGAGCGGGGUGAUUACCGCUGGUCAAGUGCACGCCAACGACCAGGUGCUUCUCGGUCCCGACUCGGUUGGGCAGUUCCUCCCCACUGCCGUUAAGACUAUUCAACGCAAACGCGCUUCCGUCGCCAGCGGCGAAGCCGGUCAGAGCGUCUCGUUCGCGUUGAAGAGGAUCCGGCGGUCGCAGGUGAGAAAGGGGAUGGUGUUGAUCGCAAAGACGGAUGUUCCACCGAAAGCGGUCAAGUCAUUUGAGGCAAUGAUCAUGGUCCUCCAUCACUCUUCGACUAUCCAGCCAAACUAUCAGGCUAUGAUGCACUGUGGUGCUAUUCGCCAAACCGUCCGAAUCAAAUCCCUCGAUCACCCAUCUGGUCUCAUUCGCACAGGCGACAGGAGCAAGGUCGUGUUCGAGUUUAUCAACCAGAGUGAAUUUAUGAAGGAGGGACAGUUGAUUUUGCUGAGAGAGGCAAAGACGAAGGUUCUGGGGGUGGUGACUCAGGUCUUGGGAUGA